AUGACGAACGCACCAGAACGCUAUGAGCUCAUUCUUGUUCCAGAAGGUGUUGCCAAGGUCGCCGUCACACCAGACUCGAAGCUGCCAAACUGCGCAACCAUCAAGUUUGAGAAGGAAGACCACACACUCGGGAAUCUACUGCGAUCACAGCUGCUCAAGGACGAUAGAGUGCUCUUUGCGGCGUAUAAAGUGGAACAUCCGCUCGAUCACAGUUUCAUUCUGCGGAUUCAGACCGUUGAAGGGUUCGAGCCCAAAGCGGCCGUCAUGGCAGCGUGCCAGAUUGUACUGGUCCAGCUCGAUCAGCUCAAGAAGCGAUUCGAAAGCGAAUGGGAGCUCAAGAAGAUUACAGGUGACGCAGGCUACUGA